UUUCCAGGCCAGACGUGCUCAGGGCAGAAAUGCUUAAAUGCUUUGGGCAUUUCUCGGAUAUGCUGGGAGGAGCAGCUUAAAUCCUUGACUCCAACACCAGGUUGUUGCCAGGGACAGACAGAGGAAAGGGACAUCAUCCCACAAAGAAGGACGGCGAACAAGGUACCCUGAGCAAGGCAAAACUGCGGGAGCAACUUGGCACAGAACCAGCUGAGCAAACACUGGACGCUGCUGGGGCUCUGCCGUGCUCCAGCUCGCACAGACACAGGAGGGACACCCAGGAUGAGGCUGCUCUUCCCUGCCCUCGUGCUGGCCCUGCUGGCCACCACCCGUGCUGCAGAAGACUCCUGUGAGGGCCGCUGUGAGGAAGGCUUUGAUGCAGGGCACAAGUGCCAGUGUGACACCCUCUGUGUGUACUACCAGAGCUGCUGCAGUGACUACUCCACCGUCUGCAAAGCCAAAGUGACCCGGGGAGAUGUCUUUGCCUUGCCCGAGGACGACUACCUGGACUACAACCUCACUGUGGACUUUGUCACCGAGGAGGCGCCCGUGGCAGAGCCCACAGAGCUGCCCACAGCCCCAGCGCCAGUGGAGACCACACCAGAAAGCCUGCCAAACACUGACGAGACACUUGCAGAGGUGCCCAACACCACCCCAGGUGAUUCUGAGGAGCCUGAGGAGCUGUGCAGCGGGAAACCUUUUGAUGCCUUCACCGACCUGAAGAACGGUUCCCUUUAUGCUUUCCGAGGGAAGUACUUCUAUGAGCUGGACAAGACCAGUGUGAGGCCUGGCUACCCCAAGCUCAUCAGUGACGUCUGGGGCAUCGAGGGCCCCAUCGAUGCAGCCUUCACACGCAUCAAUUGCCAGGGCAAGACUUACCUCUUCAAGGGCACCCAGUACUGGCGCUUUGAUGACGGAGCCCUGGACCCUGGGUACCCCCGGGACAUCUCCGAGGGCUUUGAGGGCAUCCCCGACAACGUGGAUGCAGCGUUCGCCCUGCCUGCCCACAGCUACCACGGCAAUGAGAGAGUCUACUUCUUCAAGGACAAGUACUACUGGUCCUACGACUUUGCCCAGCAGCCCACGCGGGCCGACUGCGAGAAGUCCACGCCCUCCACAGUGUUCAAGCACUAUGCCUUCAUGAACAGGGACAGCUGGGAGGAUGUUUUCCAGAUCCUCUUUGGCAGCAGGAUGCCCGGGGCAAACGGGCCGUGGUACAUCAGCCGGGACUGGCGGGGCGUGCCCAGCCGCCUGGACGCUGCCAUGGCCGGCAGGAUCUACGUGGCCUCCCAGCAGCCCCGCAGGAGGAAAUCCCGCCGCCAGCGCAAGAGGUACAACCACCACCGCUCACUGAACCUGGGAUUCUGGAGCUGGCUGCAAAACGACCCCGACUCAUCAGGUGUUGAAAGCGAUGGGCUGUCGGGCUCCACGUGUGAGAUGCUGCAGAGUGUUUACUUCUUUGUGGGAGACAAGUACUACCGUGUCAACCUGCGCACCAAGCGCGUGGACCUGGUGCGGCCGCGCUACCCCCGCUCCAUCGCCCAGUACUGGCUGGACUGCCCCCAGCCCACGGAGCAGAGCGCCUGAUGGGAUCCCUGUAGCCACCAGCAGCACAGCCCCAGCUAGACAGAAAUAAACUGUGAGGGCCAUGCAGGCUGCAGAGCUCUGUCUGUCCAUCCAUCCAACUGUC